UGGGAGCGCCGUUUGGACAGAUAUAGUCAAGUCUAUUAUGUUGAUCACAAUACACGCACCACAACUUGGCUAAGACCCAGCAGCCAUCUCUUGGACAAUGUUGCACAAUGGCAGGAAUGGCGUACUGGCCGAUCUAAUGCGAUGGCCACUCAGCUCAGGCAGCGAUACGCCGCCUCUGUUUGGACACCACCUAGUGGCACUGCGCCUGCUAUGACUACCUGUGGGCAGUCAAUAGCUUCCACCUCUGCUACUGUGACAACUAAUACCGCAGCAAAUGGGAGCGCGGCGGUCACAGAAGGAAUGGUCCCCGGUCAGCUGGCUGGUGCACCAGAUCGAUGUGGACCUCUGCCUAAGGGUUGGGGUAUGCAUUCUACCAAUAGGCAGAUUACAUCACAAUAA